CUACCUUUUUUCCAAAAAUUCUUUACCAACAAUUUUACCCAAACCAAAUCCUGAUACAAUAAUUGGGCAAAUCUAUGGCUUCAGUGUGAAUGAUAUCAACAAAAUCAGGAAAUUGUAUAAUUGCAAAAAAUGCAGUGAAUUGUUAGUACACGAUUUUGGAUCUUUUACCACUCCAAAUUACCCAGAACCAUAUCCAAGUCAUGCUGAUUGUCAGUGGGUGAUUCAAGCACCCGCUAAAUAUAAGGUCCUCUUGGAGUUCGAUUCGUUUCAUAUUCGAAAAAUGUGGCACUGCACAAGUGAUUCCGUAACAAUUUAUGAUGGAACCAGUUCUAAAUUAAAACCCCUAAAAGGCCCAGUGUGUGGCAGGCUAGCUCCAGCAGUGGUCUCCUCCAACUCCAUAUUAUUGGUUGCUUUUUCCAGUUUCAAAAACAAAGAUGCAAAGGGUUUUAGUGCCAAGUAUCAAUUUGUUAAAUGUGCAAUGGAGUUGCCCAAUUAUAAGGGUCAUCGUUUAUACAGUUAUGAAUAUUUUGGUUCCAUUGACUCAAAUAAAUCAACACAGUGCGUUUGGCUACUUGCUGCACCAAAAGGCAAAAAGGCACUCACGACAGUUAAAAUAAUGAACCUUAAGCCCUCGGAAAAUUGUGUAGAUGGUUAUUUGAAUAUAUUUGAUGUGUCUAAAGCACCUCCUGAUGAUAAAGGAAAAUUCUGUGGAAACAUGAAUGUGCCCAACCUUGAAGGACACACAAUAUUGUUUAAAUUCAAGCAUCCUGGACAUCCUGAAAAACCUGGAUUUAAAAUUACCUAUAAGUUUAUUGUGGAUAAAGGUAAAGGUUGUAUUCAGUGGAGCCAGCACAAGAUAUUGAUGAUGCUACUAUCCCUGUGGCUAAUUUCGUCACAGGCAAUAUAAUUUCUAGUGAAACCAGUAUUGUGUUUUGGCAACAAUGCUUUCUAUUACAGAAUCACUUUACCUGUUUUGUUCAGUGAUGAACUGAAUGUUUUAAAUAACUUUUAUAUUUGUGUAAAUAUGUUUAUACAGUUAGAACUAUAGUUUAACAAUGUUUUAUCUUGUACCCACUAUAUCAUCUCUCCAAAUUAAAUGCAGCCCUUUCUUGAAAAUGUUGUGGUGAAAUGAUGAGGAGGUUCUCCAACGUAACUGUAGAAAUAUAGUAAUGUUAUCAUGUCAAAACAGGUGGGAUUGAGUAGGGAUUGAAGAUAACCUUGGCCUUCUUUUGCAGUGCAUCAGUUAUCCGCUGAGUUUUCUUGGCAAGUCUGCAAGUCUUUGGCAUGCUGAUUAGUUAGGGUGACAGUGGUGGCUAAACAUCACAAGAUAAAUGCAGAAUAUUAGUUUCCUCUCUUUGUUGUUAUUGCAUUGUUAAUACGGAUUGUUUCCAUGUGCUCAAUGCUUUAUCAGAAGCUUGUGUGACCCUCCAUAUUAAUGUUUGCUUAAACAUAUAGACCAUUUUGAUCUGGUCAUAUGCUUUUGUAUAAAGUAGUAAAGCAGGCAGCAUGAACCUUUUUGCCCACUAGGACUGCUAUGACAACAUUUAUAGCACAGUGUCCUAACCAGAAACACAACCAAUCCUCUCUGUGGCUCCCAUUGUGCGUUUAGAAUUAGCAUUGAAAGGAAACUGUAAUGGCUUCAUAUGUGAGCUCCAGUGCUCAGUGGCUAAAGUAACCUGCAAAUUCAGCCUAUAUUUUCAAUUUCAAUAAAUAUUAAUUUCACAAUCAACACACAUUCUUUACUGAUUGUACACAG